AUCGUAAAAACUACAAUAUGAGGUACGCCUUCGAUCUUAUGGGCCGUCUUGACUUUUCAUACCGCAGGUGAAAUAAAAGCACAGAAAUGUGUGUGAUAGUAGUGUGAGCAAGGACAGAUUCGUGAUGGAGGCAAGCAGGUGCAGUAACGGUGUCCAGCAGAAAGGCAAGAUGUUGUCAGAUGCUCAGCUCUUUGAUUUGGAGUUUGAAAAGCUGGUGUCUGAACUUACAGAGCAGGACUUCACUGAUCCAGUUCUCACUGAUGCGCUGAACAGACUCAGAGAGGUGCUUCGGUACAAUGCUCCUGGAGGCAAGAGAAACCGAGGCUUGUCUGUGAUUGGUUCACUACGGGAGCUGGUCUCUCCUUCUGAACUGCCCCCUGAUGAAGUUCACAGAGCCCUUUUGGUUGGAUGGUGCAUUGAACUGCUUCAGGCAUUUUUCUUGGUGGCUGAUGACAUUAUGGAUGCAUCCCUGACAAGAAGGGGUCAACCCUGUUGGUAUAAGAAGGAAGGCAUUGGUCUGGAUGCCAUUAAUGAUGCUUUUCUCCUGGAGGGAGCGAUCUACCGCCUUCUUCGCAGAAAUUGCAGAGGACAGCGCUACUACGUGCAUCUGCUCGAGCUUUUUAAUGAGACCUCUUUCCAGACAGAGCUGGGUCAAGCUCUAGAUCUGAUGACGGCACCUCCACACAAAAUUGACCUUGAUCGCUUCACCAUGGAGAGGUACAAAGCCAUUGUGAAAUACAAGACGGCAUUCUACUCCUUUUAUCUCCCUGUGGCUGCAGCCAUGUACAUGGCAGGGAUUGAAAAUGAGACUGAACACAACAAUGCUAAAACUAUUUUACUUGAGAUGGGAGAGUUCUUUCAGAUACAGGAUGAUUACUUGGAUUGUUAUGGUGACCCUGCCGUUACUGGAAAGAUUGGCACCGAUAUCCAGGACAACAAAUGCAGCUGGCUGGUGGUGACUGCACUGGGCAUCAUGACUCCCGAACAGAGGGCCGAACUAGAGGCAUGUUAUGGACGUAGUGAUGCUGAAAGUGUUGAACGGGUCAAAGCUUUGUAUGAUAGUCUGGAAAUGCCUAUUCGAUACCAUCAACACGAGGAGGAGAGCUAUCGCCGCCUUCAAAAACUCAUCCAGCUUCAUGCCAAGAAUCUGCCUCAUGCAGUUUUUCUUAAUUUUGCCAAGAAAAUAUACAGGAGAAACAAAUAAGGUGUGGUUCUGAGAUAUGAAAGGACACACGUGGAGUUUUUAGGCAAGCAGACCAUUAUCAAAUAAAUAUGCAGUGAUGGAUUUUAGUGGUUGAAUAAAUAUAGAAAUGGUAGGUUUUAUCUGCACUUUAAAUAUACUGUCAAGAGUUUAGUUAUUUGUCAUAAUUAUUUGUUUUCCCUCUGUUAUUCGUGCAGAAAAAAUUACAAUAUUCUGAUUCAGAGGUCAAUUACAAAUAGCACACAUAAACAAUACCUGGCAGUGUUUCACUUGGGGUUAUUAUGUAAAAACCAUAAAUAUUAUUUUCAUCAGGUUUUUGGAUUGCAUUGUCAAUGUCUUUUGGUAAAUAAGAGAGAAAUGGGAAAUGGAAUAAGGUGUAAUAAAACAAAUAUUUACAAGAGAAAAUUAAUGCAGAUGCAAUCCCAGUGAAUGGAUGCACAUAUAUUCCUUAAAAACCAAACCAAAAGCAAAUAAGCAAAGAAAUACCUAGAUCAAAUAUCUGCCCAUGCAGAACACAGAAUUUUUUUGUGAAAUCUGUCACGUUAGGUUGUACUGUACAUUUAUACACUAUACCAGAAUGUCUAUCUCACUUAUCCGGUUAUUCAUCAAUCGCCAUAAUUGCUGUAAAUUUGGAUUAUAGAGAGACGAGCAAUGUGCUUUUAAUAAAGAGAUGUGGUCAACAUUC